UAGAACCGAGACCAGGGUUUCCGUUCUUAAACCUCCACGCUACUAUUUUAAAACUCGCCAUCUUUCGCGGUUAACGUUUACGCUUAUCUAAAUAGAUUAACUGUGUACGUUGUCUCCGCGGCAAGCGGAUGGUGGAGCAAGAGCGGCGGAGAUGGAGUAGGAGGACGUAAAGCUGGGUGGAGGCUGGCGUUAGGGUGUGGAAUAGAGGAGGCCCGGGGCUAGAAGCCUGGUUUUCGUCUGAUCCCGCCCACAAGAAAUCGAGCUUCUCUGAGAUCAGGGCGACGAAGCAGGAAAAUCUGACAUCUGUCCCUGGCUUUUGUCGCUCAAUUGACGAAGAAGCUGUCAAAAUGCCCAUACAUGAAGACUCGAAUAAUUUUAUUCGCAAUGCCAAAAGCAAUCUUAAGCAUGUUGUCAGUCAUGCUGCUAAACCAUCCGAAACUUUUAUAUCUAAUGAAGCUUCAGAAGAUCACCCUGAUCAUAAAGCUUAUGUUAGAACUACGGAAUCAGAAUAUAAAGGGGACGAAAUCAGUGCAGCUUCUACCGUUGGGGUCUCCAUCACUCAGGAUGCUAAAAUUUCAAAGGAACCUGAAGCACCUUAUAUAGAAAAUAUUCAUCUGGAUGCUGAUGUAGCAGAGAUACUGAAGCAUGACAAAGAUUCAGAUCCUAAAAUGCAGUUGACUUCAAAAGCUUCGAAUAAUACAAAGUCCAAGUACACUGUUCCUCAACCCUUUACUCUUGCAACUGACAAGCGUGCUUCAGUUGCCUGCAAAUUUAAUGCUGCUACUAUAUCUAACAAUGAUAAAAAACAUACAAUUAUGAACAACACCGAGUCUCCAAACCUAGUAAAGAAGAAUCAGGCUAGCUUACAUCUUGAAUCAAGGAAACCUCUUCAGCCUGAGAAUACAAAGCGCAUUGUUGAAGAGGAGGUCUGCUCUGUCGUUUCCUUAAGUACAGCUUCUGUCAAGUCCUUCAGAAGAAGGAGCACAGUUGCAUCAGCUCCCACUUUCAGAGUCAGCGAGCGUGCUGAGAAAUGGAAAGAGUUUUAUUCUAAGUUAGAACAGAAACAACAAGCUGUUGAAGCUGAGAGGAUUGAGUAUGAAGCCAGAAAAAAGGAAGAAGAAGAGACAGCCUUAAAAGAACUGAGGAAGAGCUUGAAUUUCAAAGCUACUCCUAUGCCUAGCUUCUACCAUGAGGGACCUCCUCCUAAGACUCAACUCAAAAAGAUACCAGCAACUCGCCCAAAAUCACCAAAGUUUAGCCGGAGAAGGAGCUGCCGUGAAGUAUAUAACUCUCCACAUACUGACAGCAACAAUAAAACCCAUGGCCGGACUAAUCGCUGCUGCGUCGACGGCGCCAAAGAGGCAAAAAAAUCUCGAGUCAACACCAAGAGUAGAACUGCAUCGUGCAAAGCCGAAGAAGAAAACAAUCAAAAUGAGACGAACCAAACAACUCCUGAAGCUACCAUGCAAUCCUAG